AUGGAGUGGAAUGCGAAAUCUCUGGGGCAAUGGGACUGGGAAAACUUAUUCUUCGUGAAUUCAAAACCAGCAGAAAAUCACAAGUCUCAAUCUACUGAUUGGAGUGCGGAGACAGAUCGCGAAACCAAUGUUGGAAUGUUGUUUCCAUCAGGUGGUAGUGGCUAUUCCGCGUCUAAACUGCUACAAGUGUCGUCCUCGAGGAGCUCAAAAUCUGCUUCCAAUAAUUCAUCGUCAAACGGGGAGAGCAAGACAUCUAUGUCAACUCGGGAAGGUUCUCAAGACGAUUCCACCGAUAAGAAAGAAUUGUCUAAAGGAGAUCCAAUUGAAACUUCUCCAGCAGCAGAGCCAUUGCUCACUCUAAAGCUCGGUAAAAGAUUCUACUUUGAGGAUGUUACCCCUGGAAGCAAUUCCAAGAAAGCCUCUUCCUCCACGGUUCCCGCGGCUCCUCCAAGCGGAAAGAAAAGUAAAAUGGGUAGUCAGAACAUGCUACAUUGCUGCCAGGUGGAAGGUUGUGGCUUCGACCUCUCUUCUGCUAAAGAUUACCAUCGAAAACAUAGAGUUUGUGAAACUCAUUCCAAAUCCCCUAAGGUGGUUAUAGCUGGUUUGGAGCGUCGAUUUUGCCAGCAAUGUAGCAGGUUUCAUUCUCUAUCGGAGUUUGACGAGAAAAAAAGAAGCUGCAGACGUCGUCUCUCAGAUCACAAUGCAAGACGCCGCAAACCUCAGCCUGGAGCAAUGCAACUGAAUCCAUCACCUCUUUCUUCAUCACCCUAUGAUCAAAGACAGACAAUGGGCCCGUUUGUUUUUCCGAGAAACACAAAUUUAGCAUGGCAAGACAUGCAUCACAUCAAACUCCCGGAAACACAAGAUUUUAUGCUGAAACCUCCAAAAGCCUUUAACAAGAUUGUCACUAUGCUUUCUGAUGAUUCCAAAGGCAUAGGAUCCAGGAGUACAUUUCCAGGUACAGAAGAUCCAACUCCCUUGUCUGAUCCAAAUGCUACGCAAGAUGUUAACCGUGCUCUCUCUCUUCUGUCAACCAAUUCAUGGGGUGCAUACGAUACCAAGUCCCUCUCUUUAGAACACUCGAAUCGGCCAAACGGGGCAACUCAUUCCGUAGCACAUGCAACUGCUAACCGCUCGCCUUUUCCUUCAUUGGAAUACUGGCACACUGAUCUGCAGCAGGCGAACUCCAGCGGCUGUAUCUCGUUUUCAGGUUACGAAAAUAGCAAUCGCUUUCAAGACUUUCAGCUGUUCAGCGCAUCGUUCGAGUCGAGUUUCCCUUGCAACCAGCUGGAUUAA